CCUACUAACAACAACCUCUUGAGACUUUGUGGUAGGAUUCAAGACUUACGCAGACUUUUUACCAAUACAUUUGACGGAUUUUUAUUCAUUUUUCAUUUAUUUAUAAGACCAAUAAUUUACAUAAGAAGAGGUAUGCCUCAUCUGCCAGUGCUUCGUUUUAUGGCCAUAUAUGUCAUGCUGUUUGGAUACCUUGGGGAUGCUUAUGCCGGGGCGGUUUUACUCAACUCUAAUGCCAUCAAGAACUUGCCCGGUGGCACCGACAUGGUUAGCCCGAGCCCACGUCCAUCUUCACCAGAUAGCGACCGGCAGAAAGCAGUCGUGGACACUUUGCAGGUAAGAAACCCCACUAGAAAGCUCUAGGAGCUGUGCGUAAUACCAACACUAACCAAUGCCCAAGCGCUUGUUGGAUACGUUACCAAUGCGCUUUUACCGAAAUGCGUUCUGCAUUUAUGUUCCAAUGGAAAUAAAUAUUUUAUUAUGUAUAUUUAUCUUAGCCUACUUGCACAUAUGAUGAUGAGUGUGGGACCGAUGAAUUCUGCAACGAUAUCCGAGGCGCGUGCCUCCCAUGCCGAAAGAUCCGGAAGCGGUGCGCAAGGGAUUCAAUGUGCUGCGCUGGGAACCGCUGCAUCAACGGUGAGCUCAACAUAUCCAAAUGUUACUUGUUGUUAUUUUUUCAACCAUUUUCAGAUCAUUACACUUUUAAUUCAUGCGAGGUCUUUUAUUUAAGUUUAGUGAUGUGGUAAGAGAAGUAUUGGGAAUACAAAAACUACUUAUGGGUAAGAAAGUGGUCCUCUGUAGCUCAAUUGGUAGAGCAUGGUGCUUGUAACGCCAGGGUAGUGGGUUUGAUCCCCGGGACCACCCAUACAUAAAAAAAAAAAUUAUGCACACAUGACUGUAAGUCGCUUUGGAUAAAAGCGUCUGCUAAAUGGCAUAUUAUAUAAAGUUGGGGUGUAAUGAGAUAUUGUAAUUAUCUUGAAAACUUUACUAGCGUUCAAUGAUAACAUGUACCUUUUCCCUCAGGUGUUUGUCAGGCCAGUGAUCAAGAUGCUGAAGCUGCAGUCACUACCAGUGUUGGGAAUAGGCAGAACAACACCAUGGAACACCAUGGCAAGAGACUGCCUCUGCCCCAAGGUCAACCACAACAUUCUGUCAAAGGUAGGUGUGUAUUACACAUGCACACACCCACACAACAAACACUACCCAGUAUCACCCAUAAAGAUUCUAUAGAUUUGUCCUACCCACACAGUCCACUUGGACUAAAUUACCAAGGGGUUUGAAAGGAAACUUUUCAAUAUCAAAAUUCCAGCUGUGAGGCCUUUCCAACAGAACACGUCAUAUUUACCUCUCUCUCUUCCCUCUCUCUUUCUCUAGGUCGGGAAGGUAACAACUGCCUGAGGUCCUCUGACUGCUCUGAGGGUCUGUGCUGUGCACGCCACUUCUGGUCUCGUAUCUGUAAGCCGGUGCUGACGGAGGGCCAGGUGUGCACGCGUCACCGUAGGAAAGGCGGCCAUGGCCUGGAGCUGUUCCAGCGCUGCGACUGUGGAGAUGGCCUCUCCUGCAGACCGGAGAGAGGAGAGAAAGACCCCGGAGUCAGCAGGACCGCAGACCGGAACCUACACACCUGCCAGAGACGCUGACACACACACACA